AUGAAAGAAGAUGAUUCACAAGAUUUAAAUACUACUUAUAUAGAAACUGAUAAUCAUUUAUAUAAAACAUUAUCAACAAUAAAAAGAAGGAACAAAAAAUAUCGAUUUGAUCCAUUUUGGAAAAAAUCAAUCCAUGAUUCACAAUCAUCUCUACCAUAUUAUUAUUCUCAUACAAGAUCAAGUUAUUCAUCAAAUGAACCAAUUCAAAUGAAAUCAGAAAGUAAUCCAAGAGUUUCAAUAAAUCAAGAAUUAUUCAUGAAAUCAAAUAAAAUGAGAUCAACAUCUGUUAUAUUAUCACCUAUAACAAAACAUAAUGAAAUAACAAGAAUAAAUGAACCAUUAGUAGUUGUAAAAUAUGAAAAACAAUCACCUAUACAUAAUUUAGAAAACAUUCAUCCUAUUGUAGAUAAUCAACUUGAUAAACAUUAUUAUCAUUAUCAUCAUCAUCAUUGUCAUGAUGAUCCUCAACAAUCAAUCCAUUCAUGGAGUAAUAAAAUGAAACAUAAUUGGAGAUCAGAACCAUCUAGUUUAUUUUUGAAUUUGAAACGUAAAGAUACUUUUGAAAAUGUUCAUCAUUCAAUGAAUUGUCAAUUAAAUGAACAAAUUUAUAAUCAUUCAUUCAAUCAUUCAAAUAUUCCUUAUUUACCAAUAUUAUAUAAUAGUUUAGAUAAAAUUCAUCAUAGAACAUUUAAUUCCAUCAAUAAAUUAUAUCAUUGUCAUAAUCAAUAUACUACUACUGAUGAAAACUUAGAUCAUCAUAAAGAUCAAAAUUCUAAUUUACAUUUAUCAAAUAUUCAUCAUCAAUCACCUAAUUAUAAUAAUAUACCCAAAUCAUAUUAUAAUCAAUCAUUAUCAAUAAAUCAUAAUAAUAAUAUUGAUUUAUUGAAUUGUAAACAAUCAAUAACUGAACCAUUAAUUAAAUCAAUAAUAAAUGAUCCAUUAAAUACUAAACAAAAUCAUAUCAAUUAUGAAUUAUCAUCUAUACCAUUAAAUUCACAAUUAUCUACAAUGAAAUUAUUCAAUAAUAAUAAUAAUAAUCAAUCAAAACGUGCAUUAAUUAAUGUUGGCGGUAUUAAACAUGAAAUAUUAUGGCAUAUUGUUGAUCGUUAUCCAAAUACAAGAUUAGGUAAAUUACAUCAUGUAACUAAUUUACAAGAAUUAUUAAAUUUAUGCGAUGAUUAUGAUCCUAUUAAUAAAGAAUAUUAUUUUGAUCAAGAAAAUUGUCUAAGACAAACAACAACUAUUGAUGAAUUUGGUUCUGGUUGUUAUGCAAAUUUAAAAAGACAAGGAUGGAAUUUAUUAGAAAAACCGCAUACAUCUAAAGCAGCUAGGGUGUUUGCAAUCGUUUCAAUAAUUUUUAUCCUUCUAUCUACAAUCAGUUUAACGUUGAAUACAAUGCCUGAAAUACAACUUAACACUACAUUGAUCAAAUAUAUUGAGACGGAGAUACAUACUGAUACAGAUUAUAAUAAUGCUACUACAUAUCAAUCAUCAAAUGAAAUAACUGAUAAUCCAUAUUUAGAUAUUGUCGAAACAAUAUGUAUCUCUUGGUUUACAUUGGAAUAUGUAUUACGUUUAUGGUGUUCACCAAAUAAAUUGAAAUUUCUUAAACGUAUUCUUAAUAUUAUUGAUUUAAUUGCAAUUUUACCAUUCUAUAUCCAUGUAUUAUUGGUAGAAGUUGUAACAAGACAUCAUAAUGAAUCAUUACAUUCAUUAAGAAAAAUUGUACAAAUUUUUCGUAUUCUUCGUAUAUUACGUAUAUUUAAACUUGCUAGACAUUCAACUGGUUUACAAGCACUUGGUUAUACAUUUAAACGUUCUUAUAAAGAACUUGGUUUACUUAUGUUAUUAAUUGCUUUAGGUGUAGUAUUAUUUUCUAGUUUAGUAUAUUUUGCUGAAAAAGAUGAAAAUUCUGAAAUGUUUCGUAGUAUACCAUCGGCAUUUUGGUGGGCAACUAUUACAAUGACAACAGUUGGUUAUGGUGAUAUGUUACCAAGAACAAUAUUAGGCAAAUUAAUUGGUGCAUGUUGUUGUAUAUGUGGUGUAUUAGUAGUAGCAUUACCAAUUCCAAUUAUUGUGAAUAAUUUUGCUGAUUUUUAUAAAGAACAUAUGAGACGUGAAAAAGUAUUAAAACGUAGAGAUGAAUAUGAAAAAUUUCGUCGUAAUGAAGAAUUAAUAAAUAAUGAAAUGAAUAAAUGUGCCUUUAUUGAACAAAUGAAUCAAGAGGAUGAGAAACAAAAUCAUUAUCUAAUCAAUAAAAUUGUAUAA